UUUUUUUAGUUAUAUUCUGUGAACUAUAAGUUGUGCGAACUCAACUAAAGGCGUGUGUUUAAAAUAUUUUGUUAAAGUUGUCGAUUAAUUUUUGGAAUUUGAAGUGACGUGUAAAGCAGCAGUGGUUUUAAUAGCGGAUUGAAGCACUGAAUUCAAAAAUUUGUUAAUCUGAUAUAUAGAAGAAGUUGAUGACGCUCCGCUAUGGGAAAACUACUUUCUAAAAUAUUUGGCAACAAGGAAAUGCGAAUCUUAAUGCUUGGGCUAGACGCAGCGGGGAAAACAACAAUACUAUAUAAGCUGAAAUUGGGACAAUCUGUCACGACGAUUCCAACGGUUGGGUUUAACGUUGAGACUGUAACCUACAAAAAUGUGAAAUUCAACGUGUGGGACGUGGGUGGUCAAGAUAAAAUUCGUCCUUUAUGGCGUCAUUACUACACAGGUACGCAAGGGUUAAUAUUUGUAGUUGAUUGUGCUGAUCGCGACCGAAUAGAUGAAGCGCGAACGGAACUGCAUAGGAUAAUUAAUGAUAGGGAAAUGAGAGACGCCAUUAUUCUGAUAUUUGCUAAUAAGCAGGAUCUUGCGGAUGCAAUGAAACCUCACGAAAUUCAGGAGAAAUUAGGAUUAACUAGAAUAAGAGACCGCAAUUGGUAUGUUCAGCCAUCGUGUGCUACAACUGGAGAUGGUCUUUAUGAAGGUUUAACAUGGCUUACUUCCAAUCAUAAAUUAUGAAAAACGUUAAACACAAAUUAGAGAAUUCAAUAUAAGAUACACAUGCUUACCAUGCUUUUUAGCAAACGAACAACAGUAGCAAUUAAGAGAAAUUUGUAAAUUAUAAUAAAAAAUUUAGAAGGAA